AUGUCGGAUUUCUUGCAUCCGAAUAUUCCAUCAUACCCUGCUCGCAUUGACACCCCGAUAUGUGACGUCCUCGGGAAGGAAUGGAGUAAAGAUCCGAAUAAUGGGGUAGCGGAUGACCUGUUCGAAGGCUUUCCACCAUACACAGAUUACCAAAAAGUUCCAGAGCAGAACUUUGGACCUGCCCAGCAAUACGACAACAAGCAAGAGCACAACCAGUCGCUUCCAGAGACGGGUUCAUCAACAGGGUGGUUGUCGGAUCAAACCCAAUCCAAUCAUAUCCCAGAACAAAUUCAAUCAUACGGAUCCCUAAAUAGACAAAGCUGGGAUGAGCAAAGCCAUGGGUAUCAGCCCGUUACUGAGCCGAAUUCUAUACAACAUGCCCAAGAAGUCCAAGAUUCGGGCUACAUUGGGCAGUAUUCUAAUGAGGACAGUUGGAGUGGACAGACAUUUGACCAAUUCCCAAUCGCGCAACAUCAGUUGCAGGAAGCACAACAGGGCCAAGCUCCCAGCCAUGCAGACCAAUCACUGAAUGAGCGAUAUCCUAGUGAACACUGUCCGAACUCGCUUGCCACACAGCAACAAAUCCAUAGACUAGAUCAACAAGCUGUAAGCAGUCAAUCCUCGGUGGGUUGGGGCCACGAACUUGGACAGUAUCUAAAGCUACAAAAUCGAGAAGCUUCCCUUCAAAGAAGCAAGCAAUCUCCCGUCACCCAAGAUCCAACGCAAUCUUUAGACCAGCAAGUUACAUCUCAAAGAGUGCCACCUGCGAAUAGCCGCGAUGAUAAUGACAAGCACAGCUCGACGACUUCAUACAAUCCCACUGUAACUUUCGAAGGAUCUGGACUUUCAGAAAAGAUUCCUUGGUCUCUUGUCAUCCAUCAACAAGGACAUACUGCCGGGAUCCGGUAUCACUUUCUGCAAUGUGCUCAGAAUGAACUAAAGAUUGAGGGCGAGUACUUCAAGUUCAGUGGUGCUUAUGAUAAUGAGCUUAUAGUUAAUAACAAUGGCACUUGGGGAUUUAUAACGGUCGUUACAGGGAUGACCAGAGACGAGUUUACUGUUAUCCACAAGAAGAUACUGAAUAUCCCGCCCAUGAGUCCCCGCUACUCAUCGCGUCCCGGACUUGCGGAAGUGAGAUUAUUACUCGACAGACAAUGGUGCAUUUUGAAUUGCCUACAGCACAUCGGCGUAGAAAAUGCUUGGCACAUAUUCUCAGGCUUUGGCCAAAAUAUCUGGAUGAUUGAGGCAGGUACUAUGGCACACGCGGAAGGCCAUUCCACAGGUUGGUCUUCCGGUGUCAAGGAUAUUUUGAAGGCUCUAAAAGAAAUGGUAUCGGCUGAGGAAUUGGAGAGACUGGGAAAAAGUGUGGACAAUUCUUGCGUAGAUGAUGGAACUCAUAUGAAGAGGGAGGUCAGCAGACUGUUUUGGCAGUUCACGUCUCAGACGCAGACCCAGUCGAGGCGGAUAUGGGAGGAAAUGGGUUUUCAUAGAGGGAAGGCCUACAAGACUUUCGACCAGGCAACAUCGUUUGCCAGAGGUAGAUACCCGAAGCGGGCGAGAAGAUAG